GAUGGCUGGGAUGAGGACUGGGACAGUUGGAAUUGGGAUCCCUCCUGGGAUCCUGCUUCCUGGGAUCCUUCUGCCUGGGACCCCUCGUGGGACCCCUGGAGCUGGGACCCGGCUUGGGGCGACGGCUGGGGAUGGGAAGGAUGGGAUGACACCUGGGCCGAUGAAGCCCCGGCCGAUGAAGCCCCAAAGAAGAAAAAGGCCAAAAAGGAGCCUGACAAAGCAGAGAAGCCCUUCAAGGCGGAGAAGGAGAAGCCUCAGAAGGUCGAAAAGCCGGCGAAGGCCGCGAAGGCGGUGGACUUCAGUUUCGCGGCGCCAUUUUCGGGGGUCGUCAAUGCCCUGGAGCCCAAGACGGGGAAUCUGCUCAUUGAUUGUGCGGCUGUGAGCCAUCAGUUUGGGCGACCGGCCAUGAUCCAGCCAAAGGAGAAUCCGAUGAAUGCGAAGGUUGGAUCGAUCAUCACCUUCCGACUGAGCCCGCGAAAUGAGCUGCCGAUUGCGUCGGACGUCGUCCUGAAUGGCUUCGACGAGGACAUGGGUGACACUUUCGAGAACAUCGCCGAUGACGGGGCGGAUGGGUCUGGUUUCCUGAAGGGAAAAGGCCCCAGCCUCAAGGGCAAGGGGGAGAAGGGCAAGUGGGAUGGUAAAGGAAAGAAAGGCAAAGGCAAAGACAAAGGCAAAGGGAAGGGAAAGGAGAAGGGAAAGCAUAAAGGGAAGGAUAAAGGAAAGGAGAAGGAGCCAAGUAAGAGGCCGUCCGGGAAGGGCGGCGCACUACCUCCCUGGAGGGCCGGCUGA